CGAUCACGUCAUACAUUUUUCUUAUAUGAGGUUUUGAGCUCAGCCAACUGUGUCUUUCUUUCACAAAGUUCAACUUUUUCCAGCUGAGAACUUCAAGAAAAGGGAAAAACAAGAAAAACCCAGAAUUGUAAUGACAGAUAAUAGGGAUAAUGACACUUUAACAUCAGUUGAUAAUUUAUUUGGAAAGCUUCCUGAUCAUCUCCUAAUUGAAAUUUUCAUCAGAGUGCCAGUUUCAGAGUGGGCACAAAUAUCUUGUGUCAGAAAACAGUGGGCCAACUUGUUUCAUGGAGAAUGCUUGUGGAAAGCAGCUCUAAUGAGGACAUUUCCUUUGGCUUGCCAUGCUAAAAGGUGGCCUGGACCUAUUCCUCAAGGACUAAGCAAAAGGAGAUUUGCUGCUUUAUAUGUUAGUAAACACAUCUUUGCGCUAGAUAAUGAGAUGGAUGAGAUUGUGGGCCAUACAUAUUUAUUUUUGAAAGAGCAGCUUGAACUUUCAACCAUGCCACCUCCUUCUGGGAUACUCCAUGGAACCAUAAUUGAUCAAUUUAUUGCUUGUGGUGAAUCAAGAGACGUCGCCCAUGAGCUUGCUUCACAGAUUUGGUUGGCAGUUCUUGACAAUUUGGAGGAAAAUCAGCAUACAUUUCUUUUACUUAAACGCCUUGCUCUGGAGGGAGACGUUUUUCUUCCAUUCCCAUACUCUAGAUCAAUUAAAGUCCAAUGGAGGGUGUUUGAGAAGCUUUUCACAGAUUUUCGCGACUGCUUCAAUCAUGCAGAUUACUGUGAUUUACUGGCAAUGGCAAAGAACAAGUUUCAACCAAUACCGUCUGCGUGGCUAGGUUACUAGUCCUUCGCCGUAUAUCACGGAUUCAUUCUCCACACAAACGAAAAGUAUACCUUCCUGCAUUGCUUGGUAGCAUCAUUGGGUAAAGGUUUCUUCAUGUUCCAUAAAUAACUGUAUAUUGUGUUCUAUGAACAAACAUUCAACAAUUCUUAUAAAAUGUUGAAAACCACAAACUUGUGUAAAUUUCGUUAUUUGUUAGUUUUUCCCAUUUCAGGUAGCAAUUAACCAAUAUUAUCAAUUAAUUUUAUAUUUGAGGCUAUCAAGAUUUGA